CCGCUGAUCCGGAAGCGGAACCGGAAGCGCCGCCGCCGCCGCGCCAAGAUGGCGCCGCCCACGCCGCUGCUCGCGGUGCGAGGGUCCGAAGGACUGUACAUGGUGAACGGGCCCCCCAGCUUCACAGAGAGCUCGGCGUUCCAGAGGGACUCUGGAAAAAAUUGCAAAGCUGUUGCUUUUAGCAAGGAUGGCUCUCUCUUUGCCUGGUGCAGUGGAGAAAAAGUAAACGUCGUUAACGUCACCAGAGCUGAGUUACUGCGCUCCUUUGAUCUCCCCAAGGCAGUUUGCCUUGAAUUCUCUCCAAAGAAUAACGUCCUGGCCACGUGGCAGGCCUAUGCAGCUGGGAAGGAUGGCACGGCGGGGCUGCCCAACCUGCAGCUCCAUGAUCUGAGAACAGGAAAAUGCUUAAAGUCCUUCAUCCAGAAAAAGAUGCAGAACUGGUGUCCUUGCUGGGCAGAUGAUGAAAGCAUUUGUGCCAGGAAUGUGAACAAUGAAGUGCACUUCUUUGAAAACAACAACUUCAACACCAUUGCAAAUAAGCUGCAUUUACAGAAAGUCAGUGAUUUUGUGUUGUCCCCAGGAGCACAGCCAACCAAGGUCGCUGUGUACGUGCCAGGCAGCAAAGGCGCCCCGUCCUUCGUGCGGCUCUACCAGUACCCCAACUUCGGGGGCCCGCAGUCGGCACUCGCCAACAAGAGCUUCUUCAAGGCUGACAGGGUGACAAUGCUGUGGAACAAAAAAGCCACGGCCGUGCUGGUGGUCGCCAGCACCGAGGUGGACAAAACGGGGGCGUCGUACUACGGGGAGCAGACCCUGCACUACCUGGCGGCCAACGGGGAGAGCGCCGUCGUGCAGCUGCCAAAAAAUGGCCCUAUUUACGAUGUUGCCUGGAGCCCCAAUUCUGUCGAGUUCUGUGCUGUGUAUGGUUUCAUGCCUGCCAAAGCCACAAUUUUUAACCUGAAGUGUGACCCUGUGUUUGAUUUUGGCACUGGGCCUCGCAAUGCUGCCUACUACAGCCCCCACGGACACAUCCUGGUGCUGGCAGGGUUUGGGAACCUCAGGGGACAGAUGGAAGUGUGGGAUGUUAAAAACUACAAACUCAUUUCCAAACCUGUGGCCUCAGACUCCACGUACUUUGCGUGGUGUCCCGACGGGGAGCACAUUGUGACAGCCACGUGUGCUCCCCGGCUGCGGGUCAGCAAUGGGUACAAGAUCUGGCACUACACGGGCUCUGUGCUGCACACCCACGAGGUCCCAUCCAACGAGGAGAUGUGGCAAGUGUCCUGGCAGCCCUUCCCAGAGGGGGUGUUCCCGGAGAGAGCAGUGAAGUACCAGGCAGUUCCCAGUGACGUGCCCAGUGCUGAGCCGAAGCCUGCGCAGGCAUACAGACCUCCUGCCCUGAGGAACAAGCCCGUGACCAGCUCCAAGCUGCACGAGGACGAGCCACCCCAGAACAUGAAACCCCCUUUAGGAGGUGGUGAUAAGCCACUGUCUAAAACAGCUCUCAAAAAUCAGAGGAAACAUGAAGCAAAGAAAGCUGCUAAACAGGAGGCCAAAACUGAUGCGAACCAGGGCCCUGCCCAGGCCCCGGCGCCACAGAACGCCCCGCGGAACGCUGUGCCUGCCACCACCACGGGAGAUCCUGACGUGGACAAGAAGAUAAAGAAUUUGAAAAAGAAGCUAAAGGCAAUUGAGCAGCUGAAAGAACAGGCAGCUGCUGGCAAACAGCUUGAGAAGAAUCAGGUAGAGAAGAUUCAGAAAGAAGCUGCUCUCCUUAAAGAACUGGAAGAUCUAGAAUUGGGUGUUUGAAACUUGCUGGAGCUCCAGUGUGGCACUAACAGGAAGUUCAUGCAAAAUGUAGUUUGUUAUUAACUUGAACACAGUAAAACAUUUCACCAAAUGACCAAGGGUGCGAAAGUCCACAGAUUUGCUGCACAUUUGCCUUUAAAAAAGUUUUCCUAAAGAUUUGUGUACUUGUGAAACCGUAAACAAGUAAUGAAUAUCCAUCAGCCAGUUCUGCUGCUGUUCCAACCAGAAAUAUGCUCCUUUUCUGGAGCAUACUGCCUAAAAUAGGCUGGUUUUCCUUGUUUGGGUGGGAGGAGGAAAGCCGAUUAAAACAUUUGAUAGCUUUAUUAUAUUUAAAAAGAGAUGCGAUCUUUCUGCAAUAACGGAAUGUAGAUAAAAAUAAAGAGCAUUUAAUAGUAAA